AUGGCGCGCACAGUAUCUUUGAGGCUGAUCUUGGCCUCGAUAGCAUCAUUACUUAUCUUCUCCCUUCCGGCGUCGGGAGGAGAUGUGGCGAAUGCGGCGGCUCAGGCUGUUCCAAACGUCAUCCCAGGUGCGACCGUCGAUCUGGGGAAAGUAGACAAGGUUCGAGAUCUGCUCGAGAAUCAAGUCCAGAAACCAACGACGGACAUCCUCAUUGAAAACACUUCCCGGUGGAACGAGAUCUUCAACAGUCACAUCAACUGGAUCAACAUUAUUCACGGAGGAGGAGGUCCUUUGAGCGCCCUCUGCUCCGAUCGAUGCAAACGCUGCGCCUCCGGUUGCAAUCCGAUCUGCUGUCAGGUGGGAGGGACCGUCAUUACAGGACUACGACCCGACACUCCGCCAGGUGGAGGGGAUUCUCGCGUGCAGAGCCUUCUCCCUCCUCUCGCCUGCCCUUGCCAUUGUGAGGCAGACUGUCCAGCCUGGAUCCAAUCGAAUUGCUGCUCAGCAAGCACCGCGGACAGUGACGACACAAGGCGACGCACCCCUGACGUCGAGCGUGUCGCUGCACGAGCUGGCGCGGUCGUCCAGAACAUCUUGGGUCUGUCGGACAAGAAAGUCCCAUGGACGCCCGAAGCAUGCCCGUGCACAUGCGAAGUCGAUUGUCCCGAAUACGUGCAAUCAAACUGCUGCAAGACCAAAGGCCCCCGCGGCAGACCCAAACCAGUCCCAGGAGGCAAUGACGACGCACUCCCACAACCACCCGCCCCCAAGCCAACUCUUCCAUCCCAUCUACCCCCACCACCAGAAAACGUUCUCUCGCUAGUGACCGAAAGCCGCACUGGUGCGCCCCUUUCAGUCUGGGCACGCAUCAACCUCACUGUCUUCGACAGCUUUAUCACCAUGGACCUGGUGAACGGCCUACAGCGCGCGGCCGAGCUAACGCAGAAUGAAGAGACUGGCGCCGCCGAGCUGGCCUUGAACGUUGUAGUGGGACCUAAAGCCGAUCGGAAGGCGUAUGCCCAGAGCUUCCAGGUAGUGGACGGCUCCGACCUCGCGGAGAAAGAGCAGAUCCUUGUGGGACUGGGUUUCAUGAACAGAAUCGGAGCCGUCAAGGUUAAUGCAGAUUUCCUGACGGGAUUGGAUGAUGGUUUACCGUUGUUGACAGGCACGAUUGAUGCCGAUGAUGUGGUGGAUGCACCCAGGCCUGGAUUUUCCAGGGAUGAGUUGUGA